ACCUCCGAAAGUCAUACAGUUCACAGCGAGCAGUAACAGAAGCAAAACCUCCAUCCUUCCAAACCCACUCAAGCAGCUCAACCAAGCCCAGAAAUGCGUGGAUUCAUUGUCCUGUGUCUUGCCGCCGUGGCGCUGGCCGCCCCUCAGGGCUACAACUACAACCCCGGCCCGUCUGGCUUUGGCGGUAUUAGCACAUCCGGCGGUGGGGCCACCUUCUUCCAGGGCGGCGCCCCGCAGCAGGUGGUGCAAGCCGUGCAGCCAGUGCAACAGCAGCAAGCCUUCUACCAGCAGCCCGCUGUCCAGACCGUCCACCACCAGCAGCAGCACCAGGUCCAGCAGCAGCCCCAGGCCAUCGUCUCCAAGCGCUUCUUCAUCCACUCUGCUCCUGAGGAGGCUGAGGACUACAAGGAGCGUCACAUCACCGUCGGCGUGCCCAAGCGCAACUACAACGUGGUGUUCAUCAAGUCGCCCCAGCGCAACAACAGGAAGACUAUCAAGAUCAGCCCCGCCGCCAACGAGGAGAAGACCGUCAUCUACGUGCUGAGCAAGAAGGGCGAGAGCGACGUGAACGCCGAGGUUGUCGAGCAGUCCAGCUCCACCAGCAAGCCCGAGGUCUUCUUCAUCAAGUACAAGACCAACGAGGAGGCCGCUCACGCCCAGCAGCAGAUCCAGGCCCAGUACGAUGCUCUGGGCGGAAGCAGCCAGCUGACCGAUGAGGGAGUCGCUCCCGUUACCUCCGUGAUUGGUGCCCUGGGUGGAAGCGACGGCCAUGUUGAGGCUGGAUCCGGCAUCGGAGCCACUGGCGCUGGCCAGAUCGUGUCCACCGGCUCGGCUGGAUCCCACACAGGCAACGCAUACCUGCCACCCAAUUUCUAAGCAGUUGAGCUGAGCAAGGA